GCUUUUUGCGACAGGACGGCAUAUAAAUAUUAUAAAUAAAUAAACUGGCACUACUGCCCAGUAGUUGCCCUUCAGGAGAUUCUGUGCCUCCACCAUGAGAGAUCAAUUCUUGUCUGAUGAUGUGACUAUUCUUGCUGAAAAGUGUGGAAGCAUCUUAGUCUGGCUCCACUUUGAUAAAUCUGCCUGGGGUGACCCUGCUAAGAGACCAGCCCAGUGGAAGAGUCUGGCCUCCUGGUGGCAUCAUUCUCAGCUUCUCUGACAUUCUCAAUCCUCAGCGCAGGGAAGUAGAAACUCAACAUUUGGUAGUAAUGGAGCUGUCAGAUGUUAUUUUUUUCUCCGUGUUUGAGGAAGAGUGCUUCUGCAAAGCCACAAAGUUCUUUGAACCCAUGUGCUAAGUCCUCCCUUGGGGAAAAAGUCCUGGAGGUGACAAACCUUUCACCUCUUCCUUUGAGCCUCUACUUUGUUGUAAAUGCGUGUUGCCUGUAACUGGUGGAUUUUGCCAUUGCAAUGCAUCUAGUGCUGUCAUUGUCAGAGGGAAGAUCUCUGCCACUAAAUUGUACUUAGAGAUUAUAAAUGUUUGGAAGAUAAUCAGGAGUAGAUUUUGUAUGGAAGUACUGUGACCUCCUGAUCCUUUCCAGUUCAGUUCUGGUACCCAGAAAAUGUUCCUGAGCUCAUAAUUUAAUUUAAUUCUUAAUGUACCUGGCUCCCCACCACCCACUCACCCACCCAGCAACCCCCAGUGGCUCUCAGAAUUCUGGUAACAAAGUAGAACCUGGAAGCUUGAGGUCUUCCCAGCCUUUCAGAUUCUGUCUUGGAUGAGAAACUUCUGUAGGUGGGGCUGGAUGCUGAGCAGUGGGGCUUGCUUAGUUGCUAAGCACCCUCUGUGAUCUCAAAUGCCCAGGAUUAAUCUGAAGUGGCCCAGCUAGCUCACCUGAAGAACUGGUGCUGUUCAAGCCUUCCUUUAUGCCACCAUGACUGUCUCGCUAGAAUUUGGCCUUGUCAAUGCAGCCAACCGGUACCUGACUGCCGAAUCUUUCCGCUUCCAGGUGGCAGCCACGGGCAAGCAACUGAAGCCCCGCCAGGUGUGGGUGCUGCAGUUUGUGUCCCCACAUGGAGCGGGGGCAGCUGGCCCAGGAGAAGGGGCUGGCCAGAAACUCCAUCUGAUCAGUGCCCUGAAGCGUUACUUAGCAGCGGACGCAAAUGGCAAAGUCACCUGCGACCAGGAUAAACCAGGGCCUCAGACCUUCUUCCUGCUGCAUCAGUAUCCAGAUGGCAAGGUGUCUUUGCAGAACGAGCAGUCCAAGCGCUACCUGGGGGGGGCAGAGGACAAUGUGACUUGCUUUGCCCAGGCUGCCACUGAAACCGAAAAAUGGACCCUGCACCUGGCAGUGCAUCCCAAUGUUGCAAUGUUCAGCCCCAACAGGAAGCGCUACGUGCGCUGCGACGAGAAGGCUGGGGUGCUGCGUUGUGAUCGUGACGUGCCCUGGGGGGCUGAAUCAGUCAUCACCAUCUACUAUGAUUUCAGAGGUCUGGAGGCAGAAGGCAAUGCUGACAGAAGGCAAUUUUCCCCAUACCUACCAGUGAAGAAGUAUGGAUUGAGGAACGGAGCUGGCAAACUCUUGGCUUCCAAUGGUUCUCUGGUGCCAGAAGUCACGCCACAAAGUUUGUACUCCCUGGAGGUGAGCGGUGGCUUAGUUGCCCUGCGGGAUGACGAGGGAAAGUACUUGACUGGGCGAGAGGGCAGCAUGAAAACAAUAAAGAUGGACAAACCUGGACGGGAUGAACUCUUCUCCAUGGAAUCCAGCCCUGCCCAGGUCUCACUGCGCUCCUCUUCUACCAACAAGUUCAUGUGCUGCAGGCCAGGUGCCGACCUCUAUGCCAAUGCCAUGGCCGUGGGCAACACAGAGAUCUUCCAGCUGCUGUUUGACGACGCCACAAAGAAGGUCUGCUUCCGUGGCCACUGUGGCACGUACAUGUCCCUGGGUCCCAAUGACUGUAUCAUCAGCAGCACCAAACAGGACAAGAACGUUUGGUUUGACCUCCUGUAUCAGGACCAGAAGGUGACGCUUCGUAUAGGAGAUAAAUAUAUAUCCAUGCGGCCCAAUGGGCAGCUCCUGGCGAUUCCCAAAGCAGCAGGUAAAUGUGAAGAUUUCCUGCUUCUGCUGGUUAAUAGGCCACUGCUGGUCCUACACAGUGAUGCUGGCUAUGUGGGGAUGUGUUCUGACUUGAAGCGGUUGGAAGGAAAUUGUGUCAGCUACGUUGCCAGCAGUCUCUCGCUCACUGAGGAAGGCUACUACAAUUUCCAAGUUGGUAGCAAGUAUUGGACCCUGGAUAAAGAUGGGCAAAUCCUCAUAACCGGCGACCAUCCCAGCAAUUUCUCCAUCCAGUUUGCAUCCUCUACUUGUCUUAUAAUCAAAGCAUCCAACAACAAGUUCUUUGUGGCUGAACAAGGAGGCAGAUUCUGGGCUGGGGCUCUGGAUGCAUCUAGUGCAACACUGUUCCAUUACUGAGGGCUUCUAACCCGGCUCUCUCUGCCAAUAAACGUCUGCUGCAUGGGAUCACUGAAUGCUUUCUUACUGCUCCUGCCCAAUUUGUUGUGGGACUACCCUUCACUAAGACUCUUGAAAAUUGCCCUGUUUCCAGGAACAUCACCGACUGGCUUUUCUCCACAUAAC